AUGAGUGAUGAGCGACCAGUUUCUAGUACACCAUUAAAGGUGAACCCUAGAGGAAAAUUCGUCGGAAGUCGUCAAAAACUGAUGAUUGUAAAUUUGUUUAAAUCAAAAAUGAUACAACAGCCAACGUUAAAGGUUAAAGAAGUAGCGAUGAUAAUUUCAAAAGAAUUGGGUAUUGGUAAAAAUACAAUCCAGUCAACAAUUGCUGAAUACAAAAACAAAAAAACUGUGAGUUCGCCAAAUAAAUCAAAAAUUCGAGCGACAUAUAAACAAAAAGUUGAUGAUUUUGAACGUGACGCGAUACGGAGGAAGGUGCACGAGUUUUGGUUCCGAAAACAGUUACCUACACUGGAUAAAAUUUUAACAGCCGUUAACGAAGACCCAGACUUAAACACAUACAAAAGGUCUACUCUACAUUUACUAAUACAUGACUUAAAUUUUGUAUACGUCAAACGUGGCCGUAACAGCGCUCUCAUAGAGAGAGAUGAUAUUGUGUUAUGGCGCACAAAAUAUAUUGAAGAUAUACGUAAAUACCGGGCACAAAGAAGAACGAUAUACUACCUGGACGAGACCUGGGUCAACGCAGGUGACUGUAACGACAGAAUAUGGCAGGAUAAUACUGUUACGUCCCACAGAGAUGCCUUUUUGAGCGGUCUUUCUACUGGCGCACCGAAUCCUACAGCAAAAGGGAAACGACUUAUUGUUGUUCAUAUUGGAUCAAACGAGGGUUUUGUCGACGGUGGCUUAUUGGUAUUCGAAUCCAAAAAAGGUUUUUCAGAUUAUCACGAAGAAAUGAAUGGUGAUGUUUUUUUCGACUGGUUGAAAGGCGUCAUUCCAUUACUUAAAGACAAUUCUGUCAUAGUUAUGGACAAUGCGCCUUAUCACUCAGUUAAAGUAGAAAAAUGCCCAACAUUAGGAUGGAAAAAGGCGGAAAUUGAAAGUUGGCUUGAAGAAAAGGGUGAACCAUUCCAAAGGCCGAUCAACAAGGUAGGACUAAUGGAAAUCGUAAAGCGUAUUAAACCGCAGUUCAACAAAUACGUUGUUGACGAAUACGUCAAAACUAAAAAUAUGACGGUAUUACGGACGCCACCGUAUCAUUGUGAGUUGAACCCAAUUGAACUUGCGUGGUCGUCCGUAAAAAGGUAUGUGAAGUCAAACAAUACCACAUUCAAACUUCCGGACGUACAAAAACAUUUGAUUGAUGGUGUUAAUCAAUGCACUCCCGAAAUGUGGGAGAAUUUUGUCAAACACGUCAUCCAAAUAGAAGACAGAUUUUGGAAUGUGGACAUGACCGUCGAUGAUGUGAUGGAUGACGACAAUUUACAUGUAAUGACGAUCACUGGGGACACGUCCGAUUCAGAUGACCUUGGAUGUGUAGCAUUAGAAUAA